AUGAACCUCCCCCAGGAAGAAGAGCCAACCGACAUGGAUCGCCUCCUGAACGGCGGAUGCCCAGAAGAAGUCAGCGGAUUUGUCCACUCGAACGAAGUCUGGUGCCGUCAUGACACUCUUAUCCCGAACUUCGCGUGCGGAUGCCCGUUAAGCUACACUCAGUGGAUCAUUGAGUCUUCCCCAGUCUCCUCGAGCAACGCAAAUUAA